UGCCGUCGGGGUCCGCAUCGGAUUGUUACGAGGGGGCCUAACGGGCGGCGCGGCCAGCAGCAGAUCAGCGCGUUGGUCGCAGGAACGCUCAAAAAUCACACGCACCAUUGUAAAACCCCCGCGCGUUGUGUUGCUGAGCUAUACCUAAUUUCCUGGUGGCAGCGAUCUUCUGCGCUUUGACGCUUUUAGGGGUGCAUAUCACUUGCCGCGCGCGGCCGCCGCGGCGCCAUGGAGAGCAUCCGCACGCCCUCGCCACCCACGGAUGCAAGGUUACCGAAGGAGACGCCGCGCGGCGCCGACGGCGACAUCGACGGCCUCGAGCCGGCGCUGUCCGACGUGCUGACGCCCAGCAAACAAGACGGGACCCCGCCCGGGACGCUGCGGAAGCCCAUCAAGUUCACGUACGGGUCGAGCAACAGCUUGUCCUCCUUGCCGCUCCCCCAGGCGGCGCCGAUCGACUUCCGCGCCUCCGGCUCGAGCCGGGCCGUGGGGUCGCCGCCGGCCUCGCCCGCCGCGCUGCGCGAGCAAACCAGCAACGCGUCGGAGAAGUUCGACGGCGUGAGUUUUGAGGAGGACCCCUUCCGGCUCUCGGCCCGGGACCUCGACCUGCGCGAGGUCAUCGGCACCGGUGCGUUUGGAAGGGUCCACACGGCGAAAUGGCGCAACACGCCCGUCGCGGUCAAGGUGCUCUUCCACGACUGCUCGCGCGACGACGUCGACAUGUUCCACAAGGAGAUCCGGCUCAUGGCCCGCUUGCAUCACCCGAACAUCGCACAAUUUUUGGGCUACGCGAAGCUGGGCCCCGACGAGCUCGUCCUGGUCCUCGAGCUCUUCGAGAACGGGUCGCUCGAGCAGUACGUGCCCAAGGAGCGGCCGGGCGUGCGCACGACGUUGGAGUUCUGCCGGGACAUGGCGCGCGCCGUCGAGUACCUGCACGGCCGAGAGCCACACAUCACCGUCCACCGCGACCUCAAGCCGCCGAACUUCCUGGUCUGUAAAUGUUUGCGCAUCAAAUUGGGCGACUUUGGCAUCGCGCGCAAUUUGAACUCGCCACGGGCGCGGCUCGACGCAUCGGGCGGCGGCAUCCCGCGGGUCUCGUCGUCGUCGAAGCUGUCGUCCCCGGGCGGGAAAACCCACUUCCCCGCGUCGGCCAAGGAGGCGCGCGCGGCCGCGGGCGACCUCGACUCGUCGCGCGGGCCCCUCGACAUUACGGGAAGCGAGUACGAGCUCACGACCGAGUGCGGCACGGCGCGCUUCAUGGCGCCGGAAGUCGCGUCCCCGGCGCCGGACGUGGCCAGAAGGAAAUACAGGGAACAGGCCGACAUCUUCAGCCUGGGCCUCGUCUUCUACUACGUCUGGGAGCGCAAGCUGCCGAGCGUCAAGGGCGCUUUGAAUGUAGACGAGCACCGCGCGGCCAUCAACUCCGGCGCGCGGCCCGCGUUCAGUCGGACGCCCAAGGCCAUCCGAGCGCUCAUAGAAAAAAUGUGGGCCUUCAACCCGGACGACCGCGCGAAGGCGGCGUCGGUCUCAAGCUUCCUCGAGGCGUGCACGGUCAAGCCGUCGCUCACGGGCCUCGGCGUCAAGGCGCCCUGAAUUCAUAUCGAAAACUCCAAUGGUACAUCCCAUCAACACGACCCUGCGAACCUCCCCCCGGUUUCCGAGUCGCCCUUCGGACGUGUGACAUGCGCCGCUGAGCAUCUCACAUCCACCCCUCCCCCUCCCAAAACGCUGAUCAUAUCGCUGGCCAACGCUGACUCCAACUCCCAAUCGCUGCUUGUAGUAGUAAAGUUAUG